AGGAGAUGACGUCAGGCGCUCCGCGGAGCCGCUGCCAAGAUGGUGUCGGUGACUCUCGCUACGUCGGAGUGGAUCCAGUUUUUUAAAGAUGCUGGGAUUCCGGCAGGACCAGCUGUCAACUAUGCUGUUAGCUUCGUGGAUAACAGGAUACAGAAGAAUAUGCUCAUGGACCUCACCAAAGAUAUCAUGAAUGAACUGGGUAUCUCAGUUGUUGGAGAUAUUAUUGCCAUUCUCAAACAUGCCAAAGUGGUGUACAAGCAGGAACUUGCUAAGAUGGCCACAGAGUCUAUAAGCACCAGUCAUGGAAAUGUGCAAUUCGAGUUAAAAAGAACUGCCAACUCACCUGCCUCUAGAAUGAUUGCUAACAGUUUGAGCAGAGAGUCCCCACCUUCCACUCCUGUCCGGAGGCCCGAAACAAGCACUUCCAAGAUAUCCGUCACUGUGGCCAACAAACUUGCCACAAAGAAAGCAGUUCUCACCAGACCAGCUGAUCCAGGUCCCGAAACCUCUGCAAAGCGGCGCCGCGUGACUGCAGAAAUGGAAGGUAAAUACAUAAUCAAUAUGCCAAAAGGGACAACUGCAAAAACUAAGAAAAUCCUGGAGCAGCAAGCCUCGAAAGGUUUGCCGAGAAUGUCUGUUUUUGAUAGACUUGGUGCAGAAGCAAAAGCAGACACCACAACAGGGAGCAAGCCGACAGGAGUAUUCAGCCGUCUAGGUGAAGUUGUCAAUCAGAAGAAGGAGAGCAGUGAUGAGGAUGAUGCUGGUUCUGUGCUUCAAUAUGCAGGGGUCUUGAAGAGAGCCCCAACUGCAACUGUAAAGGAGAGUACCAAGCUCACACUCACAACCAAGGAGAAGGCCUCAGCUGCCAAAGCCAAGAACACGGUUACCACAAUAAGACGGCUGUCCAUACCCAAAGCCAGCAGCAGGACAGUCCCGAGCAUUGGUGUUCAGGCCACAGUGGCAGCCCCCACGCUCAGAUUGCAGCCAGUGGCUAAAGCUAAGGUCAGUGUCAGGCAGAGACUGGGGAAGCCCAUUGCUACCGAGGCAGACACGCAGGACAACAAAGUCACCAGCACCAAAAGUCGAGGCAGCCCCGAGUUCACCGUGACCAUCAAGAACACUGCACGGACUGCAGUUAGUACCAAAGUGACCAGCAGCACUGAAGGUCGCCUUGCUCAGAUGGACUCCACAGGAACUGUCAGUGUGUUUGAAAGGCUGGGGAAGAAGCUGAAAUAGUGGGAUUUCACCAAGGGCACACACAAUACUUUAUUUUUGUAUGUAUAAAAGGUGCCUCUAGUCAUGGAAAAAUACCACUUUUAGCAUUGACUGAAACACUGUGGUUUGGGUGAUUCCCAAAUACCUCUUUACAGCCAAAAGUCACUGGGAUUAAGUGAUAACACAACACAAGAAUCCUAUUGAGAGAUGAUAGUUGACAGGGGACAGGAUUUUAAUUGGCCCAACAAUUUUGUUGUGAUAUAUUAGGAAUCCCAAUUUUUAUAUGGAAGGGAGGGGCUUGAAACCAGAUUCUUUAAAGUUGUGCUAAAUUUGAUACAGAUAUUUUGCAUCCCAGAUUCCCCCUUUGCAUUAACACAAGCCCAGAAGCCUGCUGUCAUACCAAACCAUUGCCGUUGUGUGAUUGUUUUUUUUUCUCGCAAUUUCACAGGGUGCAGUAUAUCUGAUUGCAGUCACUAAUUCAAUGAACUUGGGGGACUUAGAUACAUCUAGUUGCUUUGUUUACAAGAGAGCUGUUGUCAUUAAUGGGCGUUUGUGGUUUUGUGAUAUCUCAGCACUGAAGAACUGAUGGAUGCAAAACUAUUCAAAGCACGUUACUUUCACAAAGCUAUUUUAUGCAUUUCAAGUGUUUUACAUUUAAUCCUCUGUAUGUAUGGACAGUUCCUUCCCAGCAGUUUGUUUUCCAUGAUUCCUUGAAGAUAUAAAAGUCUUAUAAUCCCGUUCUUGUUACCAUAAUUUGAGUUGCAGUGGAGGUUUGGCCUGGUAACUAGUUUGGCCACUAACCCAGAAACCUGGGUGAACAAAGAAACUUUAAAAAAAAAUAUUGAUCCAAUGAAGUGGCCAGUUUCUAAUAUGGUCACCCAUGCCUGUGCACCUUCAAGCAAAUGAAACAAGAUCAAAGAACAUCCAUCAAACAGGAUAGGAUGAACUGGUAGUGGCAGUGGUAACACUGAGUGAGCUCUAGGCAAUCCUGCUUUGGCCAUUUUGAGCCAACCCUGAGUUGGAGAGGAUUAACAUUCAGCCCAGUAUUGCAUGUUAUACAGUUCAGGGACAUGCAUACAUUAAACGUAGAUGUCCCUUUUAACAACUCGUGUUCAUUUUGAGUUCUGCUAUAAUCUAAGUUUGGUUGUUAGUCGCCAAAAUGCCAGAAUCCCAUUUUUUAUGUGUUUUUUUGGCUUAUAACCCUGGCAGCUUUUAUUUGGAUUUGGAGUAGAAUGGGUGCAUGUGUGUGAUGAGUUGCUUUUAUCUGUACAUUUGUAUCAGUUUCUUUGGGCGAGGUCAUUUCUUUCCCCCAUUUUGGUUACUGGUUGUCUCCCGACUUAGUUUUUGCUGCUCAAAAGUAUCUUUAAAACCCAGAUCGUGAGCCACUUCUGGAGUUUAUUCUGUCUGUCCCCCCAAGGCUGACCAGAAUCCACUCUUUUGUUGUGCAGAGAUCCGUGUGAACAUUGUUGUUAGUAUGGUCAUCUGAUUUUUUUAGUUGAUGCCAGUAAUAACCCCAAGAAAGAAAAGUUUCAGAAUUUAGGAAUAAUCUCAGUGAUUUCAUCCUCAAUCUACACUUCGUACAUCUGCCCCAUCUCCUUCACCAGCUACGUGCAGAGGGACAUCCAGCAUACCGUCUUGCUCCAUGAAGCAGCAGUGAUGCUGUUUGUUGCGCCCUGUCACAUUGACUAUGGCUUGUGUCCCUGACGAGUGUGAUUUUUCCACUUGAAAUAGUCUGAUUGCAAGUGUCUUGGUUAUUUUUAUCCAAAGGAGCACAGGUUCCUUUAUAUACACCCAUAAAUACACACAAAUAUCAGAAAGUCUGAUUACGUUAAAAAAAAUGCUCCCUCGGUUCAUCACAUUUUUUUCAGUUUAUCAAUUUGUAAACAAUAUUUUGGGAACUAUAAUUUGAGUUAUGGUGGAGGUUUUUUUAACCAUUCAGUUUGUUCAUGGCUAUAUGGAAGCCACUCAACAACAUUCGUUCAUACAGCACUCUUACUAUAGGAAAGCAUCCCAGUGAGCUUCACAGGAGCCUCGUCAAAAGUUGACACCGAGUCACAUCAGCUGUAAGGACAAGUAACAAAAUGCUUGGUCAAACAGGUAGGUUUUAAAGAGCGACUUAGAGGAAGAGAGAGUGGUUUAGGGAGGGAAUUCCAGAACUUAAGGCCUAGGGACAACUAAAGGUACAGCCACCAAUGACAGAUACUUUUCACUAGCAUAUUGCAUACUCUUGCACUACUCCUUUUGUUAACUGCACACAGUUUUAGUGAAGACUGCUCAGUUACAUCUUUAUUACAAAAGCAUUUUUCCUUUUUUUAAAAAAUGUGCAAGCUAUAUAAGUUGGCAGCGAUUGAAGAGAAGCUACUGAACAUUAAUUUUUUUUCGUUUUAAUAAGCUUAGCUGGUUCUCACCUUCUGUUUAACAUGCUUUUUGGAAACUUGACAUCAGAAUGCAAUAAAAUAUUGAGUGUCCACCAGAGCUUCCUCUUGAUGUAAGGGUCUAGAGAUGGAUGACCAUAAACUGCAGAUUGGAAGUUUUUAUUUAAUUGAAUGUGUAAUGUUACAUUGUUCAUGAUUUAAAUGUGAGAUUUAAUUUCAAGUGAAAAUUAAAAUCUGAUGUGUGACAAUUUUAA